AUGUCGCCACAUGAGUCAGUGCGGCGCGAAGCAUCUCCCUCGAGAAGGGACAGAGAUAUGAUGAAGCGCGAGCGCUCUCACUCACCACAUGGAGAAUAUGUUCCUCCAGUCGCUCCGCCGAAUUUUGAACGAUCGGGUCUGUUGGCCAAAGAAAGCAAUAAUAUUAAUGGUGUGGCACUCAAGUACCAUGAGCCGCCAGAGGCAAAAAAGCCUCGUCACACUUGGCGUCUGUAUGUAUUCAAAGAUGGUCAUGAAAAAGAUAUGUUUUUGCUUGGGCGCCAAUCAUGCUACCUAUUUGGCCGUGAUCGUGCCAUUGUCGAUAUACCAACAGAGCAUCCUUCGUGCUCAAAACAGCAUGCUGUGAUCCAAUUUCGACAAAUUACGAAGCGCAACGAAUUUGGUGAUGUGCGCCGUCACGUUCAACCAUUUCUGAUUGACUUGGAGUCAUCCAAUGGGUGUACUGUAAAUGGAAAUGAGAUUCCCACGUCUAGAUACUAUGAAUUACGCUCGGGAGAUACGUGCCAAUUUGGCACCAGCAAGCGAGAGUACGUCUUGUUGGACGAGUCUCAGGCGCCAUAG